GAUUGUAAAUGCAAAUGGCUGUCGCGAUCAUGUAGGCUUUCGUUCCCGCGUGUCCAAGUCGAAUGACCGUAAGAUCGUCGAAUACGAUUGGUAUGUAGUGACCAAUAUCGGCGUAUAAACAUAAGAAAAUAUUGUUUACGCGCAUAUCGUUAAAAUUAAUAUAAAGCGGAUUGGUCUAUACGGGAAAUAUUACUUGCGGCGAGAGACCUCGCGGCAAAGCUCAUCCGGUAACCGCGUCGAGGCGAGCAAACUUGUGGAAUUCGUGAUGAAUCGAUAGUUAGGUGAUUCUGCAGCGAAAAAUACGGAGAAAAUUCAUUGUCGCCACGCAGAUGGUUGCCACACUAUUCUCGACAAUCGUCACCGGAAAAUUUCUAUAUAUCGACUGGCAGGCGCAUCUAUAUACAUAUAUAGUUAAUAGACACUAAAGAAAAUUUUAAUAAUACCAAGAUGCCUGCGGUCAGUGUUUGCGAUCCUAUUACGGCUAGACUCCAUCGUACUUUGGACAGCAGUCCGUCUAAAGUAACAGAUGAUCUGUCAAUUGAUUUAGUCAAUGGCACUUCUCGUAUUUUGCAAACAGAAGUUCAAUAUAAAGAAGCUAAUGAUUAUCAAACAUCAAUUUUGGAUCAACUGAAAGCUAAGUGCAUUGUACUUAGUUUACCUUCCUCUGAAAACAUAGAAGAGAACAAAGUCAAGGAUAAUGCAAAUUAUAAAAAGAAAAGUGAUGUGAAUAAAGGACCUGUUUUACCAGAACCAGCCAUCACUUUAUAUUCUCCAAAAAAAGUACAUUUGGGAUGGAAAGCCACAUUUCCAGUUGGAGCGGGCAUGCUUAAUAUAGGGAAUACAUGUUAUCUGAAUAGUACUCUUCAGGCAUUGUUUCAUGUCCCAGCUCUUGUCAACUGGUUGUUAUCUGAUCCACAUCACAAUUCCAAAUAUGAACAAAGUGUUUUAGAUGGCAGUACAGAAUGCCUUACGUGUGCAGUGGCCAAAACUUUACAGUUUAGUCAUUUGAAGUCUGGAGGUGCAAUCAAGCCAUUUCAUAUAUACAAUAAGCUAAAAUCCAUUUGCCGAACUAUGAUGCAUGGGCAGCAAGAAGAUGCUCAUGAAUUUUUACGUUAUUUAUUGGAGGGAAUGGAACGUGCAUAUUUGACUAGGCAUAAAGCGACUAAAUUAGAUAGCUAUUCUAAGGAAACGACACCAAUUAACCAAAUAUUCGGUGGUUAUAUACGUACUGAAGUAAAGUGCCUGCAGUGUCAACAUGUAUCUACCACAUUUCAACACUUUCAGGACUUGCUUGUGGAUAUACGUAAAGCAAAUACAUUGGACGAAGCACUAAAUGGUUACUUCAGUAGAGAACAAUUGGAUAACAAUGAUUACAAGUGCGAAGCCUGUAAAAGAAGAGUUCCUGCUACCAAACAAUUUACACUAGAACGCCCGCCGAAAGUGUUGUGUGUACAAUUGAAGCGAUUUAGCGUUGGAGGAGGAAAGAUAUCCAGACACAUCGGUUUUAAACAGACUAUAGAUAUGAGCCGAUACUUGUGGAGAGAACCGGGCGAGUCUCCUAAGCAGCUCACGUAUAAACUUAUGUCCGUGGUGACACACAUGGGUCCUUCCGUGAAUUGCGGCCACUAUACAGCGAUCGCGCAAGUGUCGAGCGGUCAAUAUUAUACCUUCGAUGAUGCCUGCGUUCGUCCGAUAAGCCUUAAUAACGUAUUAAGUACAAACGCAUACAUUAUGAUUUUUGAAAUGAAUAGCUCUAGCCAGAAUCAACAGACUGCCAAAGUAAAUGGCACGACAUCCGCGAAGAGCGUGUCGACUCCGCUACCUAGUUCUACGAAUAAAUCUGUCGUAUCGAAAGCAUCCACAUCUGCCGGAUGUUCCGCAAACGGAUCAUUGAGCGAUUUAUCAAGCGGCAAUGAUAAUUCGGAUAACACAUUAAUCGGCCCGCAGUUGCCGACGCAAAGAAGCGUAGAAUUGAAUCUUCCUACACCGCAGAAGUGCACCGACAGUGCCGCGAGCACGCAAUCGUCACAAAAGACGCAGGAUAAAUCACAGCCGAGAUUGGUUAUGCACAUAAAGAACGGAAAAGUUUUAAAUGGGAACAGUUUGGUGCCCUACGACGGUUCCAGCGAGGAAGAGGACACUUGUCCCUUUGGAACUACGAAGAAUCAAACGUCGAGUACCGUAUCCCGAGUUGACUCUACAAACACUACAAACGGUAUGCCAAAAUGUUCCGUUUCGAAAGACGCGUCGAAGCUGGCCGUCAAUUGUAAAGAGACACAGAAGGCCAACGCUAAGACCAACUCCUCCAAUAGCAUACCGACCACGACGCAGACUACGAUUGUACAAUACGCGAAAACGCAAGGUGCGUCUAACAAUAAUAGCCGAAUAAGCUUGUCGAAGCAUCAGAAUGGGAGAACGGAGACGAAUAGCCAAACGGAACGUGAUCAAGAUACGUGGCAUCAGUAUGUCAAAACUAAGAAUGUAGAGGAGGAGAAGGUGCCUACAAAAGCCAGUAGCGUCAUUAAGGGUUGGCAAAUUUCUAAGGAUACUCCCUCUCCGGCAUCCACUGGGACGCCCAAUGGGUGGUCGGUUACUGAUAACAAAGAAGAUCUUAAAUCAAAUCAAAGUACCACGACACCGAGUGCUGCAGCAGUACGAGAUUUUAAUGGCACCAAUCGUUCGGACACUGUUUCCCAUUUACAGAAAAUGUCGUAUCGAGGAUACGGCAGUUCCUCAGUGUUCAAUUGGAACGGCAAUAGAACGCAACUCGACCGGGAGGCUGAUAACGAUAGACGCGAAGAACGCAAACGACAUUUCAACGCGGACGACGAAGAGAUGGACAGAGGUCGAGUAAAGAAAGUCAAGGACCGUCGAUACGAGGAUAGAGCUGGUAUGAGCUACAAUUCAUUCCAAGAGUACCAGAACAGCAAACCUUGGAAUCGACCCGUUAGUAAUUAUCAUCGAAGACAUUAUUAUAACACUUCCUACAGACGUUCGCGUCAUGGGAAUAGCUAUAGGUCCCAGCAUUAUAGAUAUCACAAUCACUCCCGUGUCUGGCGUGAAAGACUGAACGGGUGAAAGACCAAACGGAAGGAUGUUAGGGACUAUAUCAAUGAUUCGAAUGAAUCCAUUCGUAUAGACUGCAUCAGUUCUCACUUGCUGCAUAGAUACGUCAUUUCUCAAUACGGUUUGGAAGUCAGGACCUGUGUCAGGGGGGGGGGAAGGGACCUAUGAGGUUUCAAUAGUUAAUACGCACGUUUAUUAAUAUCAAUGAUUUAUUCGCAAUUAUUCGCGGAAUCAUUGUUAUCACUGUCCUGUCUCUGUUAUAUAAGUUUGGUAUCUACGUUGUAAAAAAGAAAAAUGACCCGUGGGGGAUAUAAGUAUUACAAAUUAUACCAGUUUGUGUUCGACGUGAGUUAUCUCGUAGAAAUUCUUUUCUGAUCACGAUAUGACAGGAACUAAUUAGUUUUAAGAGGCACAUAUUUGCUACUAAACUCUCACUAGACCCUCGAAAAAUAAAGUUAUAACUUGAUAAUUAUCGUGCUUAUAAUUUUAUGUUAUUUAAUACACUUUUCGAAACGUUGAAUAUUAUCGACAUGAUUAAUUUUUAAGACGUCUGAAAUUAUGGAAAAAUUUACUUAUGACAUAUUGAUUUAAAUUUCAAAUUACUUUUAUUGAAGACGUUGAAUUAGAAAUUAUUUGUUAUAUCAUUGCUUAUCUAAAGUACGAUGUACAUAUGAUAUUACAUUGUAUAUAUGUGUGUGUGUGUGUGUGUGUGCGUGUGUGUACACAUAUACGUAGGUAGGUAUACAUGCAUAUGCACACACAUAUAUAUGUAUAUA